GCGGAUGGUGGUGCUGGCAGUUGCUUCCUUCCGUCCGGACUCGGUAGCGACUAGCGAGUUGGUGUCGCUUCAAGUGUUUCUGUAAUCGGAGCGCCGGCCACGGUGGCCAGUCCGGUGGAAUACGCAACCGGAAAAACCGGUUGUGCACUGCGCUGUACGCUGCGCGUAAGUAUUUAAAAUUAGCCGUGGCCAGUGCCGCCGUUAGACCGGUCCGCCCACUCAUCGAUCAGCACAGGUACGAUGUACACUGUACAGUAUCAACUCACCUGUACGACGGCCGCUCGCAGUCGCAGCGCAUACCGGAAAGGAAAGGUAAAGCCAGUCAGCGCCGUGAAAAUAUCGAUUAUGCGCGGCAAGCCAUCUUUUUCCGGCAUUGCCGUGGCGUGCCGUCACGAGGCUGUCGCUAAAGCAUACGCUGCAUAGCAGCCCCACUAGGGAAGCAGCCUCGUGACGCUAGUGGAGAGUUUCUGUCGUUAACCUUCACUGCAUUGUAUUGGCACACAUUUGAACGUUGUGGUCUGGUUUACGUGCGUGCAGUUGCACUGCCAACUCGACUGAUUUUUCUCUCACCAUCACUCUGCUUUGAAUUUGGAGAGUUGGUUGGCUUGAGAGAUCGCGAAGACGGAAAGAAAGCGCUUUGUUAUUACGAACGGUAACCACGUUUUUCUAUAUGUCCACGCGGUCGAAUUCAACACGGCCACCGGAAGUACAAGGCGAGCGGUUCUCACGCUGAUUAAUUUAUUUGUCACGGAUUUUCGUUAUUCCUUUAUGCGGAGAAGGAAGAGAAUGUAGGAUCGAUGUGGCGGCGCGGAUGCAGAUGAUAUUCAUAUACAGUUUUAUAUAUAUCAGUGGAUUAAGUUAUCUUUCAACUGCAUGAUGGAUCGUUCGGCGCAGAUGUUGGUGGCGCUGGUUGUUUUGUACGUCAUCAUCGUGGCGCUCGGCGUCCCGCAGGCCGUCGGCAUGGGCCUGGUCACGACGCGGCUGGCGGGUUGUCCGCUGUUCAGCGAGCUGACGUCGCCCGGCUUCCCGGUGCCGGCGCUGUACGGCACGGUGCACAACUGCAACUACGUCACGUAUAUGCCCGUCAUCAUCUCCGUCAUCCUCGGCCUCAUCCUCUUUAUCUACCACUUGUCGUUGUUGGUACAAGCCUUGCGUCGGCCCGGCAUCAUACCAGCGGAAACGUCGGCGGUGCCGUUCGUGGUGAUUUCCCUGUUGGGACUGGUGCUGACGCUGAUCGGCGCCGGCAUCCUGGAGGCGGGCCUGUACUGGUUCUGCCAGUCCAACAAGGUCAUCGCCGCCCGCUUCAUCAACGUCCCCAUCACCUGCGUCCCCGGGGAGGCCACCGUGGCGCUCUUCCGCGGCUACGACCCCUACUACGACCUCCUCACCUCCGAGGUGUCGUACUGGUUGGCCGUGGCGGCCUGGCUGCUGGCCUUUAUCUUCAGUAUCCUGCGCUGGACGGCGCUGCGGCGCGAGCGCGGCCAGGGCGACGACCUGCGCGCGACGACCGCCAGCGGGCAGCGGCCGGGCGGACAGGCCUUCGGCGGCGUCUCCUUAUUGGCCGACAAGUUCAAGAAGCGCCCCGUGGAGACCGUCACGCCCACCAAGGUCAUCCCUGUCGGACAGACGAUGGCCGGCAGCACGCUGUACGAGACCAAGGUCAAACCCCUGGAGACCGCCGCAUAAGCUGAGCGGAGGGACGGGCGGGAAAUGCAAAGGGAAUGCCGGCCGUUACCUGCCUCCGCGUGAUCAAGACGCUUACGCGGCCAGCGAAUGAUUCCCCUGAAUUAUAUUGUCAAGCGCACUGCGAACAUUAAUGCCCACACCGGUGACUGUACAAUACUGCACUUGUUCAUAUACGUAAAUGUUAAAACAUUAACAUUCUUCUCUGUUUUUUUUUUGUAUUAUUCUACACUCAGGGUUCCGUUCGACGGCUAUUAAAUUUUUCCUGAUUAGCACGUGAAUAAUUGUACGUACAAAUGGUACAAUUCUCUGCAGAUAACCGAUACGAGUAUUAAAUAAACGAAAGUGCUA